AGGGGAGCUUCCUCAAGGUGCGUUGGGGGGUAGCCUGGCGCUUCGCAAUCAGAACAUCUCCUGCUUACGCCAGGUCUCAGCUCGGCUCUGAUUUCAGCUCAGUGUGAAUACCACUUAAGAUGUCAGUUUCUAAAGCUCCGUCCUUGUACUCUGCAACGUGACUGACCCGCGCACCAAACCUUGGGUAGACUGUUUUUGAUAUGGGCGACCUAUCUCGGUCUCCCAAGUGUGGUCCAGGCGCUUUUGGAUUCGGGCAGUGGUGCCACCGUCCAAGACGACGAGGUUGGCGCAACGCUGUGGUUGGCAACCCUCAUGGGCCAUGAGCAGGUUGUCCGGAGACGUUUGGAUUGCUGCAGUGUCAGUAUCACCCCCCAAAGCAAAGAGUACUCCAUAGCAUUGCGCUUCGCAACCAACGCGGGCCGAGACGAUAUCGUGGAGAUGUUAGAGGCUGUACAUGCCGAUCCCAAGGCUUUACUAGAUUAUACUGUUAUACGGUCAUCCAUUACAAGCCCAGCUAGUGUUCGGAUUAUCAACCAAUUGUUCCUCGACCUCAUGCGCGACAGAGGGCGGAAAAACCUUACCCGGAGAUGCCAGCUUAUCCGCCGAGAAAGAAGUUGGUUUGAUUGGGCGGGAUAAGCUAACGCAAAUUCAGGAAGCACGAAGACCGACCAGAGCA